UGUUCCGAGUCGCUGGGUAAUCAUGCUUGUUGCGGCUACCCGGGCGUCUCGGACUCUAUCGCCGCGCCCGAAACAGACUCCCAUCAAUCCAAGCCUUGAAAUAUACGGUCCGUGCCCCCGGCUGAGAAACAAACAAAACGUUGCGCUUGCGCCUCCGAUCCAUCAACGAGCCAAGCAGGCCCAAGGCCGCCGGAGAGAUGGGCGACCACCUGCCCGACGACCUCCUGGCGGACGUUCUCGGCCGCCUGGCGCCGCGCGACCUCGCCUCGUCCCGCGGCGUCUGCUGGUCCUGGCGCGCCGUCAUCGACGGCCGCCGCCUGCUGCGCGCGGACCUCCUGCCGCUCUCGCUGGGGGGCAUCUUCCUCUUGGUCACCAGCACCUGGUUCCCGCCCCUCUUCUCCCGGCCCUGGACGGGCCCGGCCCCCGCGAUCUGCGGCGACCUCGACAGCUUCUUCGGAGCCGACGAGCAGAGGGUGCUCGACAUCGACUUCUGCGAUCACUGCAACGGCCUGCUCCUGCUCCAGGAAGCCGUGAUGAACCCCGCCACCGGGGAGUGGGCGUGCCUGCCAGAACCUCCGCCGCCGCACGUGCCGGAGUUGGAGUGGUACUGCCAAAGGCGCCUCGCGUUCGAUCCAGCCGUGUCGCCGCACUACGAGGUGUUCUUGAUCCCCGAGCUUCCCGGUUCUAGCCGCACGACGUUGAGCCCGCUGCUGAAGCAAUCGGAGUGGCCGCCCUCGCCGCUCUUCCUGCACGUCUUCUCCUCGAGGACGGGGCACUGGGAGGAGAGAACCUUCGUACGGGAACAAGGUGGCCAUCCCAUGGUGACGGUAGCCGACGUCCAGUCGCAUCAUCUGUUCUAUAACGCCGAUGACCAUUGCUGCACCUUCUGGCGGGGAAGGCUAUACGUGCAGUGCCAGAACGGAGUUGUGAUGAGAAUAAACCCGUCGAGUGGCACAUACCACCUGAUCAAGCAACCCAUGGCCAUGGGUGCCAACAGGAACACUAAAUUUUAUCUAGGGAAAUCCAAAGCCGGUGUGUACUUUGCGUCGUUCGUCUACUGCCAGCUUCAAGUUUGGUACCUCGACGAGUCGUGCUACCGCCAGCCGGCGUGGGUGCUGAGGUGUGACAAGAACCUGGAGCCCCUCCUGCAACCAUGGAGGAGCUACCAGGAACGCAACGGUGACGGGCCAUGGCGCCUGCUGUACCUCGACGAAGAGGACCACGGCGCGCGCUACUACGACGACGACGGCGACCAGGGGCAAUUGGAGUGGAGCUCUGACGUCGAGGACGGGGCUACUGGGAGCAAUGGAGAUGAUGGCAAGGACGACAUCGAUGAUAGUUGGGAGAAAAGAUUCUGGCGGGGCACCAUAUGGACAGCGUUCCUCGGAUUCCACCCUUUCAAGGAGGUUAUCUUCCUGCACCUUUCAGUCCAAAGGGGGAUCGCCUAUCAUUUAGAUAGCUCGACGAUGCAAGACAUGGGCACCUUACAAAUAGACCGACGCGACACCACUCAACGUAUAUCACUGCCUUUUCCCUACACACCAUGUUGGAUGGGAAUGUUUCCUGAGAACGAUUGACUUAAAAAUAUAAUCAUAAAUAUCAUCACCAUCUGGGUAGAAAUAUAUAUCUAGUGCAUGGACCUGGCCAUCUGGAGUUUGUCCUGAUUGAAGACUCCUUGCUCUUCUAGGUGGUGUGGCCUUUACUUUUCCCUUUUUUUUUGUUGGUCUUCUCCCAUUAUUUAAGUUCGCAUGCCAAUGUCAUACCAGUAAGAACAUUUAUCAUUCUGCUGCCUUUUUUCCUUGCUUCAUGUAUGCUAUUUCCGAUCUUCAAGGAUUCUCCAAGGAUCGACA